AUGGCCCAUGAGUUGGUAUUAUUCAGAGAUGUGGCUAUAGAUGUCUCUCAGGAGGAAUGGGAAUGCCUGAACCCUGCGCAGAAGAACUUAUACAAGGAUGUGAUGUUGGAGAACUAUAGCAACUUGGUUUCACUUGGACCGCAGCAGGCAGGCAGCAUGGCGGCUGUGGAGACGCGGGUGUGCGAAACAGACGGCUGCAACAGUGAGGCCAAGCUCCAGUGUCCCACCUGCAUCAAGCUGGGCAUCCAGGGCUCGUACUUCUGCUCGCAGGAAUGUUUUAAAGGAAGUUGGGCUACUCACAAGUUACUACAUAAGAAAGCGAAAGAUGAAAAGGCAAAGAGAGAAGUGUCUUCCUGGACCGUGGAAGGUGAUAUUAACACUGACCCAUGGGCAGGUUAUCGGUAUACUGGUAAACUCAGACCACAUUAUCCACUGAUGCCAACAAGGCCAGUGCCAAGUUAUAUACAAAGACCAGAUUAUGCUGAUCAUCCCUUAGGAAUGUCUGAAUCUGAACAGGCUCUUAAAGGUACUUCGCAAAUUAAAUUACUCUCAUCUGAAGAUAUAGAAGGGAUGAGACUUGUAUGUAAGCUCGCUAGAGAAGUUUUGGAUAUUGCUGCUGAGAUGAUUAAACCAGGUGUAACUACUGAAGAAAUCGAUCAUGCUGUACACUUAGCAUGUAUUGCAAGAAAUUGCUAUCCUUCUCCCCUGAAUUAUUAUAAUUUCCCAAAAUCUUGUUGUACCUCAGUAAAUGAAGUCAUCUGCCAUGGAAUUCCAGACAGACGGCCCUUGCAAGAAGGUGAUAUUGUUAAUGUGGACAUCACUCUCUAUCGCAAUGGUUAUCAUGGAGACCUGAAUGAGACAUUUUUUGUUGGAGACGUGGAUGAGGGAGCGCAGAAACUCGUUCAGACCACGUAUGAGUGCCUGAUGCAAGCCAUUGAUGCAGUCAAACCUGGUGUUCGAUACAGAGAAUUGGGAAACAUUAUUCAGAAGCAUGCCCAAGCAAAUGGGUUUUCAGUUGUUCGAAGUUAUUGUGGGCAUGGAAUCCACAAGCUUUUUCAUACAGCCCCCAAUGUACCCCACUAUGCCAAAAAUAAAGCAGUUGGAGUGAUGAAGUCAGGCCAUGUGUUUACAAUUGAGCCAAUGAUUUGUGAAGGUGGAUGGCAGGAUGAAACCUGGCCAGAUGGUUGGACUGCGGUGACAAGGGAUGGAAAGCGGUCUGCUCAGUUCGAGCACACCCUGUUGGUCACGGACACUGGCUUUGCUUUUAUCACUGCCUACGAACUGGCUAUCAAGAGCCAGCUGCUUUUCAGAUAUUUUAUUUCUCUUGCAGACAACCGUAAAUUAAAAUAUAUUUCUUACCUUUCAGUCUUGACAUCAAGAAAUGACCUCAAGAAGUUAUCUCCAAAAAGGGAUAUUUCUGAAACAGAAUCAUCUGAAAGGGUUAGCAUGGAACCAUUUAAAAGCCAUAGUCCUGAGAGACCCAUUUUCAGAGACAUUUGGGGGUACAGAUGUCAUUUUGAGCAACAACAGGCACAACAGGAGGGUUAUUUCAGGCAAUUUAUGAUCAGUCAUGAAAAUAGGCCCAUUUUUAACCAACAUACCUUACUCACUCAAGAACUUUAUCAUAGAGAGAAAAUCUCCGAAUGUAAAAAUUGUAGGACAAACUUCAAUUACCAUUUAUUCUUUAAUCAUCAUGAAAAAACUCAUUCUAAAGAACUUUCUGAAUGUAAGGAAUGCACAGAAAUUAAUACAACAUUCCUAAUUAAACAGAGAAUUCAAAAUGCUGAUAAAUGCAAUGGAUGUAAGGAAUGUUGGAAGGCAUUUAUUCAUUGCUCAAAACUUAAACAACACCUGAGGAUUCGUAAUGGUGAAAAACGCUAUGAAUGUAAAGAAUGUGGAAAGGCCUUUAAUUAUGGCUCUGAACUUACUCUGCAUGGAAGGAUUCACACUGGUGAGAAACCUUAUGAAUGUAAGGAAUGUGGGAAGGCCUUUAGACAACGAUCACAACUUACUCAACAUCAGAGACUUCAUACUGGUGAAAAACCCUAUGAAUGUAAGCAGUGUGGAAAAGCUUUUAUUCGUGGCUUUCAACUUACUGAACAUUUGCGACUCCAUACUGGUGAGAAACCCUAUAAGUGCAAAGAAUGUGGAAAGACUUUCAGGCAUCGAUCACAUCUUACCAUACAUCAAAGAAUCCAUACUGGUGAGAAACCAUAUGAAUGUGGGGAAUGUGGAAAGGCCUUUAGCUAUCACUCAAGCUUCUCUCACCAUCAGAAAAUUCAUUCUGGCCAGAAACCUUAUGAAUGUGAUGAAUGUGGAAAGGCUUUUUGUGAUGGCUUACAACUUACCCUACAUCAGAGAGUUCAUACUGGUGAGAAACCCUAUGAGUGUAAGGAAUGUGGAAAGACUUUUAGGCAGUGUUCACACCUCAAGAGACACCAGAGAAUUCAUACUGGUGAGAAACCUCAUGAAUGUAUGAUAUGUGGUAAGGCCUUUAGACUUCAUUCACACCUUACUCAGCAUCAGAGAAUUCAUACUGGUGAGAAGCCCUAUGAAUGUAAGGAAUGUGGGAAAGCCUUUAGCUAUCAUUCAAGCUUCUCACAUCAUCAAAGAAUUCAUUCUGGAAAGAAACCUUAUGAAUGUAGAAAGACCUUUAAUCAUGGCUUACAACUUAAUAUACAUCAGACACUUCAUACCAAUGAGAAGCCGGUAAGGUUUUCUCUCCUCCCUCCCCAUCCUAGCCUUCCGUCUUAAAAUUAUUGUGGGGGAUAUAUA